AUGACCUCACUUUUUUCCCUCUCCCCAUUCUUUAUUUUUUUAUUUAUUUUUAUUUUUAUUUUUUUUUUCAUCUGGUCAACUCUUUCCUCAUCUUUUACUUUGCCAGUUUCCUUCCUUCCUUCUGUUUUACUUAGUUGCACUCUUUUUCCUAUUUUCUCUCUUGUGCAUUUCUCUUUCUCUCUCUCUCUCUUGUGCAUUUCUCUUUCUCUCUCUCUCUCUUGUGCAUUUUCUUUCUCUCUCUCUCUCUUGUGCAUUUUUCUUUCUCUCUCUCUCUCUUGUGCAUUUUUUUCUCUCUCUCUCUCUUGUGCAUUUCUCUUUCUCUCUCUCUCUCUUGUGCAUUCUCUCUCUCUUGUGCAUUUCUCUCUCUCUCUCUUGUGCAUUUCUCUCUCUCUCUCUUGUGCAUUUCUCUCUCUCUCUCUUGUGCAUUUCUCUCUCUCUCUCUCUCUUGUGCAUUUCUCUCUCUCUUGUGCAUUUCUCUCUCUCUCUCUCUUGUGCAUUUCUCUCUCUCUGCAUUCUCUCUCUCUUUCUCUCUUCUCUCUCUCUUGUGCAUUUCUCUUUCUCUCUUUCUGCUUUCUCUCUCUCUCUCUUGUGCAUUUCUCUCUCUCUUGUGCAUUUCUCUUUCUCUCUCUCUCUCUUGUGCAUUUCUCUUUCUCUCUCUCUCUCUUGUGCAUUUCUCUUUCUCUCUCUCUCUCUUGUGCAUUUCUCUCUCUCUCUCUUUUGCAUUCUCUUUCUCUCUCUCUCUUGUGCAUUUCUCUUUUUCUCUCUCUUUUUCUCUCUCUCUCUCAUACUAACUUAGAGCUUUUAUUUCUGAUACAGAAAGUAUUUGGUGUUUGUUCAAUGACUGAUGACAUUUGA